AUGGGCGCUCAAGCAUCCAAAUGUCCGGUCGACGUCGAGACGGGGUUUGGCCCCGCCGCCGACUGCUAUGAUGGUUUCGACUUCACUUUGCUGUUCGAAGAGUCUAUACUCACUCUUGUGCCUGCGGGCAUCACAUUAUUCCUGUUACCUUUAUUUCUGUUGGGAUUGAAGAAUGAAGAGAGAAAGGUGGUGGAAUCGUGGCAUCAUGUGGCUAAACUGGCUGGCUGGUUUGCCAUAUCGACAGUUACGCUUGUGCUGCUAGCCCUAACCGCCAGCAAUGGCCCAACGACACGGACAUCAAUCGCAGCUAAUGUUGUUGUCCUGCUCCUUGAAAUCGGACUCACCUUUCUCUCGCACUGGCAACAUGUUCGCAGCGUGCGUCCAUCAGGACUGCUGGUACAGUACCUGGCUCUGACGUUAAUAUUCGACGCCGCGCGCUGUCGUACUCUCUGGGGGGUACAGUCGGGCGAAAAGGUGGCCAUUGUGCUGAGCAUCGCCGUCGGUGUCAAAGCCGUCCUGUUCGGCCUGGAGGCGGCCGAAAAGCGCGGCAUCUUGCUAGACAAGUUCAAGUUUCUGCCUUUUGAAGCCACCGCCGGCGAGUUGAAUCUGUGGUUCUCGUGGUGGUUGAAUCCAAUCUUCUUCCGGGGAUUCAAGAAGCAGUUGUCGAUGGACACUUUGUUUGAUGUCGAUCCUAGCUUGAAGGCAAAUGACAAAGAAGAUGGGGAUACUUUGGCGGAAAUGUGGAAGUAUUGGAAAUCCAAACUCCGCAAUCCUCCCCUACUGCUGAUUUGUCUCGUGCAUGCCCGAGUGCCACUGUUGAAGACCAUCCUCCCACGUCUCGCCCAGAUUGCCUUCACCGUAGCGCAACCGUUUAUCCUACAACGCACGCUAAGUUACAUUGAAAACGACGGGUACGAGAACCGCUCAUCGGUCGGCACAGGGCUUAUUGUGGUCUAUGUGAUCGUCUACAUUGGCAUCGCGGUGACGACUGCCCUAGCGCAGCACUGGACCUUCCGCAUGAUCACACGAAUGCGCGCGGGGCUAGUCGACUUGAUCUACCGACACACGCUGGAGAUGAUUCCCACGGCACUCGAUGGCGCCGAUGCAGUGACGCUAAUGAGUACCGACGUGGAGCGCAUCACCAGCGGCCUUCGCACGUUUCCGGAGCUCUGGGCCAACCUCAUCCAGAUGGGCAUUGCCAUCUGGCUUCUGGCCGGCAUGCUCGAUCUCGCCGUCCUCGGUGCCUCCGCCGUUGCCGUUGUCUCCACUGGCUUGGCCAUCUGGGUCGCCACUGGUGCAGGUAUCGCCCAGAAGGCCUGGCUGGACCAGAUCCAGUCGCGCGUCGCCGCGACAGCCAGUAUGCUUGGUGUGAUGAAGGCAGUCAAGAUGACGGGGCUGACGCAGCCGCUGGGCGACAAGAUCCGGCAGCUGCGCGAGGAGGAAGUCAAAGCGUCGUCUACGUUCCGGUUAAUCUUGGUGAAGCUUGUCACUCUGUCCAAUGUCUCCGAGGCCAUGAACCCGGUUGCCGCGUUUGGCUUGUAUAUCCUCUUACAGCGGUUCCAAGGCUAUGCGGUUAUGAGUACAUCGCUGGUGUUGACUUCCUUGGUGCUCCUGCAGUUGUUGCUCGUGCCCCUGGCGAUGCUGAUUGACAGUCUUGCCGGGUUUGUGGGCGCGUUGGGAUGCUUCCGCCGCAUUCAAGAUUAUCUAGGACAGGAGACCAAGGUCGACGGGGAGAAAGCUCGUGCUGCUACCGGCGGAUCGAGUAGUAGUAGCGAGGUGGAGAGCCUUGCCCGUCGAGAGAGACGGCGGACGAUUCCUAGCUUGGUCUUGCCAACUAUCGAGGUCGCUGAAUUUCGGUUUAGUUGGCUUUUGGCCGAUUAUUCUGGGGAACAGGGGCGAGCGUCCAGGUUCUUGGGAGAGGAAAGAGGAGGAAUUGGUGGAGUUAAUGGGCCGGGCAAUGCAGGCCGUGUCGUUUCAGGUGUGGGUUCGAUGAGAUCUGCGCGGAGUCGCCGACGCACGCGACGCAUCAUCCCCGAGCCGGUUAUUGAAUUUAAAAAGGUCUCAGCUGGGUGGAAGGAUGGGAUGGUCGUGCUCCGGGACAUGUCGUUCAAGGUGCCGCGGGGCCAACUAACGAUGGUCGUUGGGUCCGUGGGCUCUGGUAAAUCGACGCUGUUGUAUACACUCUUGCGGGAGACCAAGGUCUCUGCAGGCUCGAUCAUCGGGUCUCUGGACGAAGCGGCGUUUUGUUCGCAGUCGCCCUGGGUGAUCAACACCACGGUCCAGCAGAACAUCACGGGCGACUUCGCGUUGGAUCCGCGGUGGUAUGCCACUGUGGUGCAAGCGUGCGCGUUGAGUCUCGACUUGGCGCAGCUUCCACAGGGAGACCAGACGAUCGUGGGGAGUUCGGGUAUCGGUCUCAGUGGUGGCCAACAGGUGCGCAUCUCCCUCGCUCGCGCCAUCUAUUCGCGUAAGCGUACGAUUGUGCUGGACGACAUCUUGAGUGGUCUCGACGCAACCACGGAGAAGUACAUCUUCUCCUCCCUCUUCGGCCGCCAUGGGCUUCUCGCUCGCCACGGCGUGACUGUCAUCCUGGCCAGCCACGCUGUUCACUUCCUCCCCGAAGCCGACUACAUUCUCGCUUUGGGCCCCAAAGGCACCAUCGUCGAGCAAGGAACCUUCACCGACCUGGCCCGGCGGUCCCAUGGCGGGUAUAUCCGGGGACUGGAAGUCCGCGAGCGUCAAGCAGCCCACCACAAGCCCCAAGAAAGCAGCGCCACACUCGAAACGAUCCCCGACAACGAAUCCCAAGCCGUGCUCCCAAGUAUGGAUAUGAACGAAAUCCCCGCCCGCGAUUGGUCAGUGUAUGCCUACUACGUGGAGUGCUUCGGCUGGCCGAGACUGGCUUUCUUCAUUUUCAUCAGUGCGGUAUUCGGGUUCGUGAUCGUCUUCUCGCAAGUAUGGGCUGAGUGGUGGGGAAACCACAAUACCAAGUACCCCAACGACAAGGCGGGAUACUACUGGGGCAUUUACUUUGUACUUGGUCUGAUGGCCACCCUAUCCCUGGUCACCGGGUGUACCUUCUUCGUCAUGGCCCUGGCUCCGCGCGUGGCACGGACUAUCCACACACGACUCCUUCAGACCGUCCUCCAAGCCCCGAUGUCCCUUUUCUACACGACGGAUAAGGGCUCCUUGACCAACCGAUUCAGCCAAGACCUCGAACUUAUCGACCUUGAGCUCCCCGUCUCGGUAGUGCAAACCACCAUGAUCCUGUGCAUCAUCCUCGCCCAAACUAUACUUAUGGCCGUCACUUCCAAAUAUCUGGGCGCGGCGUUGCCCUUCAUCCUGGCCACUGUGGCCGGCCUGCAGGUUUUCUACCUCCGCACCUCACGCAUACUCCGUCUCCUCGACGUGGAGGCCAAGGCGCCGCUGUUCUCCCACUUCCUAGAAACCCUGUCCGGGCUCGUCACCAUUCGAGCCUACGGCUGGCAGGAGGCGUAUACGCGACGGAAUCUGCAUAAGAUCAAUGAGUCCCAGAAACCAUUUUAUGCGUUACUGUCGGUGCAGCAAUGGCUCGGGCUGAUGCUGGACCUGGUGGCAGCGGGCAUAGCCGUGGUGCUUGCUACAAUCGCGGUCAAGACAAAGGGGUCGACAGAUUCCGGGUUGAUCGGUCUGGCUUUGAUCAAUAUUGUCGGGUUUGGUAGCGCCAUUAAGAAGCUCAUUGUGUUCUGGGCGCAGUUGGAGACGAGUGUCGGUGCGGUAAGUCGCGUGAGGUCAUUCGUUGGCCGGGUAGGUAGUGAGCAUAAGGAUGGUGAAGCGGGAGAGGGGAGUGUUGGGCCAAAUUGGCCCGAAAGGGGAGAGUUGGUUUUUGAUGCAGUGGUUGCUUCUUAUUCUUCUUCUGGUGAUGGCGAGGAUGGGGAGGAAGAGGAAGAAGUGGAGCCGGUAUUGAAGGGAAUUUCGUUGAGGAUUGAACCGGGCCAGCGAAUUGGAGUUUGUGGACGGAGUGGCAGUGGGAAGAGCAGUCUCGUUGCUACGCUGUUUCGAAUGUUGGAGAUGGAUUCGGGGAGGAUUAUCGUCGAUGGUGUGGAUUUAGCGUCGGUCAGUCGCGAUCUUGUGCGCGAGAGAAUUAUUGCUAUCCCUCAAGAUGCAUGUCUCUUGCCUGGAUCGGUGAGAUUCAAUCUGGAUCCUAGAGAGGAAAGGACGGAUGAGGAUAUCAUGGAUGUUCUACGUGAAGUCGGACUCUGGGAGGUGCUUCUGGAGCUUGUUGAGGCGGAGGAGAAGAAGGAUGAGGUUCAGGAGAAAAUUGCCGCUCCUGGUGAUACCCCCCCUCCACUUCCUAUCAAGAACAGCGAUGUUCUUAACGCGCCCAUGCCCACCACCGCCAUCUCCCACGGUCAACGCCAGCUCAUCUGUCUUGGUCGUGCUGCCCUCCGCCGCUCGACAAUACUCGUCCUCGACGAGCCUACCGCCGCCGUGGACGUCAAGACGGAUGCCAUGAUGCAGCGGAUUAUCCGGUCGCGCUUCGCCAGCCAUACUAUCAUCACCGUGGCUCAUCGACUGGACACAAUCAUGGAUUUUGAUCGUAUCGCCGUGAUUGAUGCAGGCCGGUUGGCCGAGUGGGGUACUCCCAAGCAGUUGGUCACUGGGGAUACCUUGUUCCGGAGACUGUAUCGGGAUAUGCAUGGUGAGGUGGAUGAGGACGAGGCUUGUCCCGCCUACGAAGAUCACUAUGAUCAUAACGAGGUGGAUGAGGAUGGCGACUACAGCUCUGCCAUGGAGACAACAUCUUCGGCGGAGAGUCAGACGAGGACGGUGGUUGUGGAUGAGCAGUUGAAUACUUGGAUUUGA